UCGGAAAGUCAAGUCUAUGCAAAUGUUUAAGAAGCCCGUGAACAUAGCCUCUCAAGGUGACCGCGUGGGAAUAUGUGUCUCACAAUUCGACGCCAAACUCCUAGAACGUGGACUAGUAUCGGCGCCCGGCUUCGUGCCCUGGAUUUGGGGGGCUAUCAUUGAUCUCCAAACUAUCCCUUACUUCAAAGGCGAGAUCAACAGUAAAGCCAAAUUCCACAUUAGCUUGGGCCAUGAGACUGUAUUGGCCAAGAUUACCUUGUUCCAAGGCAUGGGUGCGAAUGCGGAGGAAUUCAGUUACGAACGUGAGUUCUUAUACCGAGAAAAUCUUCUUGAAGAGGGCGAUGGAGAAGCAAUAAUCUCAAAACAGUCCGUGUUCGCUCUUUUGGAAUUCGAUAAGGCUCUCCCCGUAGUACCAGAGUGUAAAGUCUUGGGCUCGAAGCUAGAUAUCAACUCGAACAGUCCAACUUGUCGUUUAGCUUUUCAUGGCCAACUCUUAGAAAUGUUUGAAGCCAAGGAUUAUCACCUGAAAGAGCUUCCGCGACUCAAAAUCUUCAAAGAGAAGAGCAAAACCGGCGUGGUCGAGCGAGCGAGCAACGAAUGCGAGGCCAUUUGCAAGAAUAUGUUCAAGAAAGAAACGAAUUUGGCCUUAUUUACCGGCUUGAAGGUCAACUUGUCAACAGGGGAGAGUGGAUUUAUUGAAGAUUCCUUUGGUCAAAGCGGGAAAUUCAAAGUACGAAUUCCAGAUGGCCUUCAACCUACCACAAUGGAUCUGCUAGGAACAAAAACAAGUAAAAAGAGUAAAAAAGCUGAAGAUUCCUCAAGUGCUGCUACAGAGUUCAAGAGCGUUGGGCUAUUCCUCAACUUUAAAAAGUAUAUAUUUUCGAAGAAGAUGGCGCAAUAGUAUGUAAAAGUAAAACUUGAUGAGCAAUACUCUGAUCGGUUAGAUUGCUUCUCUGUUUAAUUGAACUCAAGAAUUUUCAGACAUAUUCAAUCAGUGUUAAGAAAUAAAGUGAACUAUUCAAGAGCACGCAAUGUCUAACAAGGAGGUCGUGUUUAUAACUUUUCCAAGUCAUACAACACUUCCAAAAGACAUGACAUACUCCAAGCCUGAAUGGGAUUACUUCCGGGACAAAAACUUCCGUCAUGAUUGGUAAGCUCUGGGAUGCCUCGCCAAUGCGAAUUUUGAACCUCGAUGUAAUGAGCCGACAAAA